AUGGAAAAGAGAAGGCUUGAAAAAGAACUUAGUGAGAAACACGAAGAGGAAGAGGAAGUCCUACAGGACUGCGAUGAUGAUGGUGAUAAGAAUAGUGAUGACGGCGAUGAAAUAUCAAAUAAACAGAAACAAGACUCCACGCCUGAUGAAAAUCGUGGUGAUACUGUUAAGAGAUUCAAAUACCUUCUUUCCUUAUCAGGUUUAUUCAGAGAUUUCAUCGAUGUGAAAGUAAAAAAGGACUUAUACCUCAAGAAAGUCAUUGGGGAUUAUGAGAACUCAAUUGGCUUAAAAUCUAAAAAAUCUAAAAAGAAAUCUGAAAAAUCUGGUCGUCGUCGUAAGACCGAGAAGGAGGAAGACAUGGAAUUAUUGCAUGAUGAAGAAGAAGAAUUGGAUCACCAGGAAACCAUUAUUUCCGAAUCGCCCUCAUUUAUCGAUGGUACGCUAAGAGACUACCAGAUCCAGGGUUUGAACUGGUUAAUCACAUUGCAUGAGAAUUGUUUAUCGGGUAUUUUGGCUGAUGAAAUGGGGUUGGGUAAAACUUUACAGACAAUUUCGUUUUUAGGGUACCUAAGAUAUGUAAAAGGCAUCAAAGGUCCACAUAUUGUGAUUGUUCCAAAAUCCACUCUAGAUAAUUGGAAACGUGAGUUUGCUAAAUGGACUCCGGAUGUUAAUGUCUUGUUAUUCAAAGGUAAUAAAGACGAGAGGCAAAAUAUCAUUCAUAAUAAAUUGUUGGCUUGUGAUUUUGAUGUCGUGGUCACCAGUUUUGAGACGGUCAUUAGAGAAAAAAGUCAAUUGAAAAAAUUCCGCUGGCAGUAUAUUGUUGUCGAUGAGGCACACAGAAUUAAAAACGAAGAAAGCUCAUUAUCACAAAUCAUCCGAUUGUUUUAUUCCAAUAAUAGACUCCUAAUUACAGGCACCCCAUUACAAAAUAAUUUGCACGAACUUUGGGCAUUAUUGAAUUUCCUAUUACCCGAUGUUUUUGGUGAUUCAGAAGUCUUUGAUCAAUGGUUUGCCGCAGAUGAAGAUCAAACUAAAGAGGAGGAUUCUAAAAUGAUCGACAAAUUACACCAGAUAUUGAGUCCAUUUUUGCUUCGAAGAGUUAAAGCGGAUGUGGAAAAAUCAUUGCUACCAAAGAAGGAGUUGAAUUUAUACGUUGGUAUGUCAGAAAUGCAAGUCAAAUGGUAUAAACGCCUUCUAGAGAAAGAUAUUGAUGCUGUCAAUGGUGCGGUGGGGAAAAGAGAAGGUAAAACCAGGUUAUUAAACAUAGUCAUGCAAUUAAGAAAAUGUUGUAACCAUCCUUACCUUUUUGAAGGUGCAGAACCAGGGCCUCCAUAUACCACUGAUGAGCAUUUAGUUUAUAAUAGUGGUAAAUUGCAGAUUUUGGAUAAACUUUUGAAAAAAUUCAAAGCAGAGGGCUCGCGAGUAUUAAUUUUCAGUCAGAUGAGUCGGUUGCUAGAUAUUUUGGAAGAUUAUUGUUAUUUCAGAGGUUAUGAAUACUGUAGAAUUGAUGGUUCUACUGCUCAUGAAGAUAGAAUUGAUGCAAUUGAUGAAUAUAAUAAACCUGACUCUUCCAAAUUCGUGUUUUUGUUGACCACCAGAGCCGGUGGUUUAGGUAUUAAUUUGACCACUGCUAACAUUGUGGUAUUGUUUGAUUCUGACUGGAACCCUCAGGCAGAUUUACAGGCCAUGGAUAGAGCCCAUAGAAUUGGUCAAAAGAAACAGGUAGAGGUUUAUAGAUUUGUUACGGAAAAUGCCAUUGAAGAAAAAGUUCUUGAAAGAGCAACUCAAAAAUUGAGGUUGGAUCAAUUAGUUAUUCAACAAGGUAGAAUGCAUAAUAGUUCCGCAGCAAUGGCGAAGAACAAAGUGGGUGAUAAUAAGGAUGAUUUGUUGAGUAUGAUUCAACAUGGUGCAAAAAGCGUGUUUGAAAGUGAUAAAUCCACCUUUGAUCUAAACGAAGAUAUUGAAUCUAUCCUCGCCAAAUCCGAAACAAAAACUAGCAAAUUGAAUGAAAAGUUUAAUAAAUUAGGUUUGGACGAUUUGCAGAAAUUCACUUCGGAUUCCAGUGCAUAUGAAUGGAAUGGUGAGAAUUUCUCCAAAAAAAAUAAUGAAAAAGAUAAACAGUUUUGGAUCAAUCCAUCAAAAAGAGAACGGAAAGAACAAACCUAUUCGGUUGAUGGGUAUUAUAAAGAUGUGUUGCAUCAAGCGAAAUUACCAGGGGGGAAAACUCCAAAAGCUCCAAAAACUGUUCAUAUUCAGGAUCAUCAAUUUUAUCCUAAAGAAUUCCGUGAUUUGAUUGAAAAGGAAACGCUAUAUUAUAAAAGACUGAUUGGCUAUAGAGUUCCAUUAUCUGAUAUCCCGUUGGAUGAUGGCGAUAAUAAAUCUGUCCUGAAUGAUAAGAAGGCUGGUUAUAAUUCUUCAGACGAUGAGUAUCUCGACACUGAUGAUGAAGAAGAUUCGACCAAUAAGACUAAAGAGCAGCGGAAAACUAGAGAAGCAAAGAGAAAACUUGAACAGCAGAAGGUCAAUAAGGCUGAGCCUUUGACUGCUGAAGAAGAAGAAUUGAAAAAGAAAUAUAGUGACCAGGCAUUCGCUAAUUGGACAAGACGUGAUUUCACAAAUUUUGUCCACUCUGCCGCUAAAUUUGGCAGACAUCAACAUAAGCAAAUUGCUGGUGAAUUGGGUAAUAAAACACCUGAAGAUGUUAAGAAGUAUUCCGAGGUUUUUUGGAAGAAUUAUGAGGAAAUUGAUGGUUAUGCAAAGUACAUUGCGCAAAUUGAAGCAGGGGAAAAGAAAUUUCAUAAGAUUAAUUUACAAAAAGACCUACUUGCCAGGAAAAUAUCUCAGUACGAUGCUCCACUUCAACAACUUCAAAUCCAGUAUCCUCCAAACAAUUCAAAGCGUAUAUACACGGAAUUGGAAGAUCGCUAUUUAUUAGUGAUGGUCAAUAAGUUUGGCUUGACUACUGAGAACUUAUACGAUAAAAUUAAAGAGAGUCUCAAAGAAAGUGAUUUGUUCAAAUUUGAUUGGUUCUUCCAAAGCAGAACUGCUCAAGAAUUGGGCAGAAGAACAAAUACUUUAUUAUUGGCAUUAACUCGUGAAUUCGAAGGUCCAAAUGCCCUCAAGAGGAAAAGGGAGAAAAGGAACAAGGAUAAGGAUAAGGAGAGCGAUAGCAGGAAUUCUCCUGCUCCUUCGGUCACUCCUGCACCAGUUAGUGGGAAACGAAGUGCGUUAUCGACUGUUAGCGACGGAACUGGGAAUAAGAGGGCGAAAGUUUGA